AUGGCGUUGCUGCGUGGCGUGGCGCUGCUGAGCCGUGGCGAGGUGCUGGCCACGCUGCCCUCGGAGGAGGCGCUGCCCCUCACCGAUCGCCAGGCGCUGCAGAGAUUGCCGGAGGUCUUCGGUCCUCGGAAAGGCUUCGGCGCCUUUGGCCUCGGCCUUCGGGCGUCGACGCGCACGGCGUCCGACGCGGCGCCGGGAGUCGCGGCCGAGCGCUCCACGCGAUGUUUCUGCAGCGUCUUGGAGGAGUGGCCGCGCGUCUACGCGGCAGCAGUGGCUUUAGAGCUUUCAGGCCGGAUGGGGUGUAACGUGUGUGGAAUGGAACGGUGA